AUGCGGGCGUCGAAGAAGCAGGACGCACUCCCGUCUCCCAGGUCCAACGGGAUAUCUACAAGUACGGAUACAGCUGCCCCAGCAGAAGGGAGCGUCGAGACGAGCCUGUCAGCUACUGCGAACGCGGAUGCCGCCACUCAGAGUGCUGAGCAGAAGCGCAAGCUUAUCACGAGCUAUAUUUACAACCAGCUCCGCGGCCGUAGCUUCACCAGCGGCGACGAAUGGCAAAGCGUCUCCUUUGGACAAACGCCAUCGGGCCCAGAUGCAGCUGAGCAGCUUAUUAGCAUCAAAGGAAGUAUCGAGAUUCGCUUCCAUAACAUGAACAAGAGGAGGACUAGUCCCGCCGCGUCCGCGGAUGCUAAGCGUUCCAAGACCGCUCGCAACCUGGAGAGCGAAAAUGGACGCAUCGACUUGGGAGGGGAGUCGGAUCCGGAGCUGCCUACCAUGGACGUUAAAACCCAGGAGAUCCGCGCGCGGACGCUCGACAAACUUCAAGCGAGUCUUGAACGAUAUGAGCAGAAAAUGGAGGAAGGAGAUCAGAUGGCUGCUCAUAUGUUCGCUCUUCUGCCUAGGGUUAUCGAGAAGUAUAAUGAGCAUCGCUACCAAGAUCAUCAGGUAUUCCUGUCGAGGGAUGGCGAAGCCGACAACAGCCACCUCCCGCUGGAUCUUUACUGGGACCACAUCAAGGUGCUGUCACGCUCGGGCGGCUGGAUCAACGACUCAAUCAUCGAUACUUUAUUUUGGACGACACCGCCUCCAUCCGGCAACAUGGACUUUAUCUCGCCCGGAAACAAGUUCUAUCAACAGUUUCUAGGCGCGGAGGGCUCCAAGGAGAUUCUGGAGGAGGCGUUGGCGUCGGAUACUUUGCCGCCAUCUGGACCUGGUCUAAAGAAGAAUACCGACACCAUGGUCGGAAUCUGGAACCCUACAAACACGCACUGGGUCAUGUUUGUCGCCAGCGCAGCAGGCGAGGAGCGAUCAAUAACCCUGUACGACUCCUGCUCGCACCACGAUUCUACUUGGGAUAAGGCGAACAUGCUUCCGCUCGUCAUGGAACUUAUGGGCCGCUUCCAUCAUGAAUUUGAGGGUGAGUGGCCGAGAGACAUUCAGCGAGGAACGACGAUUCGACAAGAGGCAGCUGAUUGCGGUCCUUUCUCCAUCUACGGCGCCCGUUGCAUCCUGGCAGGGAAGAAAAUCGAGGUGCACAAGAAGAGCAAGACUUUCGGCCGACAUCUUCGUACGAAGUAUGUAGGCGAAAUCCGGGCUUUGGUUGAGAACGCUCCCUUCGACCAGUACGAUCCAUUCGCCGAUGCUAUCUGGGAUGCUAAGCGCGAUGAUUCUGGCGACGAUACGGAUGAAGACGUCCCUGGAGAAGACCGCGGCGAUGGUGCGAUUUCUGAUGCCGGUCCUGAUGCCGGUUCCAGCGACUCCGACUCCGAUUCCGAUGGGAAGCCUAGAGCCUUAGAUAGCAAAGCUAUCCGCAGGGCGUUGCAAAAGAAGUUUUUAAAGAACGACCGAGACGACAUAGCUCUACAGGAUCUGUUGAAGAAGGCUACGCACAGAGACCGAGUGAUUAGCAUUCUUGGAUCAAUCGAAUUGUCGGGGCAUGAGCUUGCGGAAAUCCAUCAAGUUCGAUCGCAGGCCAUUUCGCGAAACUCGGAUGUCUCUGCAAGUAAAGCUCACACAUUUCAACCCCUUAGACAAAUAAGCAAUGCGAGUCUUAUAGUCACGAAAAGAAAGGAAGCAGAUGUCACAUACUACAGUCGGAACCCUCUGAACACACGCUUUACUCCCAAUCCCGACACUGCGGGGAUAUUCGCCACUCCUCAACAUGUCAAAGUUGAUGCAGACGACAUCGAUCGUGGCUACGAUCUUGUGGUGGUUUUCACAAGACAAAGUGCACCUACAAAGUCCGCGAUUGAGCAGGGUCUUGACAAGCACACCCUGCGAGCGAACGAGAUAUACAGCGCCUGGCACUCGAUCUUCAAUCGGUUCAACGAUGAGCACGAGCUGGUUGAUGAAGAAAACGACAUCGCUGGCGAAAGAAACUUUCGCAUGCAUGUGAAUCUCCACAUUGGCUCUAGCAAUGCACCGCUCUUGGAAGGCGAUGGUAACGCGAGUCGUCGCGAAAGAACGCGUAUGCAAAGCAUACUCCGCUCCAUUGUCGAACUACGUGACAACCCCAAAGUUUUGUUGCUACAAGUGGGCUUAGAUGCGUCAACCACGCACACGGAUUCGUUUCGCGCGCUCAUCAACCAUACUGGUUUCAAGGAUAUCCAGUUCUUUCUCACAAUAGCGGUCCGAGGUCUCAUCUCGACCCGCUACCCACAGGUGUUCUUCUCGAGAUACGGAGACACAGCCUGGGGACACUGGGACGUGCGGAAACUAGCCGACGUACAGCGACGGGGUGCCUCAACGCAGCUCGCACAGGAGCCCAGCUACGCACGCCUCAUUUUGUGGCUGGAUCGGAUAUUUUACGGGAAGCAACAGAUCCAAAACGGCACUAGCGACACGACAUUUUCCCAUGCGAUGUACAUGACGAUCUAUACGAAACGCAAUUCAUUCCCCGUCGAUUCUGUGGACGAGAAAGCAUGUGAGCAAUGUGGUGCGCCAGAUACGCCAGGCCGAGAAGAUUGCCUUCAACAGAUUGCGGAUGACAUUGCUGGAACAUAUCGACGUCAGUUGAUCGUGGUCCUUAAGCUGCCCAGACGUGCUGGAACAUAUCGACGUCAGUUGAUCGUGGUCCUUAAGCUGCCCAGAGGCUCCACUAGAUUCUUCAUCGACAACGACAGCAAUAAACAGGAUCAACCGCCUGCCGCUAUAAGGGAUCACAGAUGUGUUUUGUGCGAUACCACUGUGACAUCCAAGUGGCAUCCCGCACGUACCAGCAAGUACUUUCCCGAGUUGUUGGGUUCACCUGGCCACAUCUGCGCAAAAUGUGAACGAAAAGCCAGAGCAGACUACCACAAGUCGGGUAUCGAUGGACGCAGAUGCGCCGAAUGUGACAAGACAGGUUCUGCUACUUGGCACCAAACGCUGGAGGAUUCUACCGCUCUACCCAUACCUGGGCAGUACUGGUGCGGGACCUGCCGCAGGAGAGCACAGAAGCGUGCGUACAAAGAGAAGAACGCGAAGAACGCGAAGAACGCGAAGAACGCGAAGAACGAGCAGGGACAAGACACUGAAUGA